AUGAAGCCGACCACCACCGCCGUGUUGGCCUCCCUCUUUGGGUUGAGCGCUGCUCAGUGCGCCAGGGACAACUGUCUGAGAGCUAUUGCGGCCAGUGCUUUCAGCACCCGAACUGGUACUGCCGACUGUUCUCGUUUCUUGGAGGUCACGGUCUUCCCCAGCACUGUUACCUCAACGGAGACCGUCACGGUUCCCACCACGGGAGUUCUCACCGAGACCCUCACCGUCACCGAGGCCGGCGCUCCUGGCCCCGUCGUCACCAGCACUGUUCUUGAGACGUCUGUCGUCUCUACCACCGAGACCGACUUCGUCGACGUUACUGAGACUAUCACCGCAACCACCGAGACCAUCGUCGUUCCCACCACUGUUGUCGUUUCCUCUACCCGGACUCUCACCUUUGGCACCACCGAGAUCGUGACCGUGACCACCGAGACGCAGACCAUCGAUGUUACCAUCGCCGGCCUUAAGAAGCGUCAGGCAAGCACCGCUGCACCCAGCGCGAUCCCCACAUACGCCUCUGCUUGCAGCUCGUUCGCCCGCUACUCUUCGGCCUGCUCUUGCUUGGGUGUCACUGCCGGCACAGUCACCUCGGCGGCCUCGACCGUGACCGCCACGGAGACUGUCCCCGCCACUGUCAUCGCCACUGAGACUGUCACUGUUACCGUCACUGGCGAGCCCGGCGCGACUUCCACUGUCUUGGCUACUGAGACCGACCUGACCACCGUGGUUAUCACCACUGCCGUCACCUCUGCCGUCACCACCUCCGUGACCGCCACGACUGAGGUCGCCAGCACUGUCACUGAUGUGAUUGAGGAGACCACCUCGCUGACCAACACAUUCCUUCUCAACGCUACUUUCACUACGUUCAUUACUCGCACCACUUCCAACCCUCCUAUCAUUAACAGCACCACUUUGACAUCCAGCACGGAGUCCGAGUCUAGCACAUCUGCCAGCUCAACUGAGUCUACUACCGAAAGCACUUCAGAGACCAGCACUGCGGAGUCUACUACUUUCUCCUCAACUGUGUACUCCAACACUACCACGGUUGCUUCUUCCACCGUGUACUCUAAUACCUCGUCUACUAUCGAGCCCACUGUAACUCCCAGCUCUUCCGAGUCUACUACUGAGAGUACAGCCGAGUCGACCACCUUCUCCUCCACUGUCUACUCCAACACCACCACGGUUCCUUCUUCUACCUUCUCUUCUACCGUAUACUCUAAUACCUCUUCUACCGUUGAGUCCACCGCGACUCCCAGCUCGACCGAGUCAACCACUUUCUCCUCUACUGUCUACUCUAACACCACCACGGUUGCUUCUUCCACCGUGUACUCUAAUACCUCGUCUACUAUCGAGCCUACUAUAACUCCCAGCUCUUCCGAGUCUACUACUGAGAGCACUGCGGAGUCUACUACUUUCUCCUCCACUAUCUACUCCAACACCACCACGGCUUCCUCCACUGCUUCUUCUACUGUGUACUCCAACACUACUAUUGUUCCUUCCUCUACUGUAUCUUCUACCGUAUACACGAACAGCUCUACCAUCGCGUCUACCACUGCCAGCGAGACCGAGUCCACCACUAUUUCUUCUACUGUAUACUCCAACACUACCACCGUUGCUUCUUCCACCCUCUCCACAUCCACCACCUUCCCCAACACCACUACCAGCGCCUCGUCUACCGUGACCGACAUCAGCUCCUCGACUAUCGCCCCCAACGCUACGAGCAGCACCAUCGAGCCUCCCAUCACCUCCACCUCUACCAGCGGCCCCUUCACCAACAGCACCACUGUUGCUCCCUCGUCGUCCACCGUCUACCCCAACAGUACCAUCACCACAUGGACUGAUGACUUCUCCUCCACUGUGCCCCCCAACAGCACUGUCCAGAGCACCAUCUUUGACUCGACUACGGGGCCUACCACUACCUCUGCCGAGGAGUCGUCUACGGAAUCCACCACCGAGGCUUCGACAACUGCUGAGGAGACAACCACUACCACUGAUGCUUCCACCACUGCCGAGGAGACAUCCACUGAGGCGUCCACCACUGCUAGCACCUCGUCCGAGUCCUCCAUCGUUGACUCUGUGCCAUCCACGACCACCAGUGCCUCUAGUGCCUCUACCACGAUCUCCUCUUCCUCAACCGUCGCCUCCACCACGACGGUCUCGAGCAGCGCCACUCCCUCGCCUACCCUUUGGGCCCGCAACAUCUGCCUGAGGGUGAUUGACGAGGACCACCUCCACUACGGCGCCAAGGUCGUCGAGGGAACCAACCGCUUCGUCCUCCGGUCCUCUGCCUCCUCCGCGUCCGCCGCUCGCUUCGACCUGAACCUGGUCACCGGUCAGCUCUACCAGUCCAACGGCGAGCUGGUCGCUCUCGGUGCUCCUUUCGAAGCCAACACGCGCCCUCUGAACGGCUUCACCCCGUCCCAGGUUUUGCGCCUCAAGCUCGCGCCCCUCGUGUGCGAUGUCAACGGCAGCAGUCUCCCUGUCGGCGCUCCCCUGAGCUGCACGGCCACCGGCAACGACGGCGUGAACAGCCAAACCUACACCAGGCUGUUCUACAACAGCAACGACGCCGAGUUCAUCAUCCGCAUGGCCACGGCCGAUCGCGUCUUCAACAGGGUCAACACGCCCAUCGAGCUGGCUCCGUUCGCCGACGGAGACUGCGACAGGGAGAUUUGA